CGUUUGUGUGCUGCUUUUAUGAUGGCGGCUUGCAAAGGAAAAUGUAGGCUGCUUCAAGAUACAAAAGGUAACCCCUCUUGCGCCUGCCUUCGCGUUUGAGGAGGAACAUGCCCUCGAGAUUACGCUGCAGGAAAUGAUUUCGUAGCUCGCACCUACCCGUCACCCAGCGGUGGUUUCCGUGGCGACUCGGCGCUUCCGCCAGCGCCUAGUCGCGUGCUGGACGUCUAAGCCUAUUACUGGUUUGUGUGCCUGCCGCCGUUUCUUCUCUCCUCUUCGUCGCAAGCACCACGUAUCGCGCCCGAUGCGCGCUGACAUUUUUGGCCAGCGACUGGGCAACGUCUCGCUGCGCUGCCACGGCUCGUCCCUCGUCGGCUGAUGCCUUGCGCUUCCCCUAUGUUAGAGGCCGAGCAUCCUAGUUCCGCAGCAAGGAGGUUGUGCACUACGGAGGACUUCCAUGGACAGCCGUGGGAUAAGGGGCCAUGAUGCGGGCUCUCCUUACAAGCGGGCUGGGCCCCUGAGUCCCCCCUUGGCUGGCACACGGGGCUACCCUUACCCACAGGACCCGACCCGGACACACUUCUCGCCCCUGCUCAACUCAACCCAGCAGAGCUAUCGCGAUGCCUUUCAGCUGCAGGCAGAGCGGCAGCACCAGCAGCUGCAGGCAGAGCGGCAGCACCAGCAGCAGCAGCAACAACAGCAGCAGCAACAGCAACAGCAGCAGCAGCAGCAGCAACAGCAGCAGCAGCAUCAUCAACACCAGCAACAGCAGCAACAACAGCAGCACCAGCAGCAGCAACAGCAACAACAGGAGUUCCUUCUGGAACGCUUCCGAGAACCCGAGCCACAGCAUGUGCGGCGGAGACCUUCUCUGCUCCCAACACCUGCGGAGUAUGCUGCCAACCAGGAGCGUGCCGAGCGGGAACGGUACUUGGAGGCGUACCGGUUCCCACAAUACGAACAUCGUGACCUGGGCGGGGGCCUGGUGGGCCUGGUGGGAGGUCCCCCCGGGGGCUCGGCGGUGGCCAGUGCAGCGAGUGGCCUCGUCGAACCACUCGAGGUGGUGCACCUGAACAAGCGGCCCCGGCUUGGCCUGUUGCUGGGCGACCCCAAGGCCCAGCAGCCCUUGCUCAUCGACACCUCCUCGCCACACCACCACCACCCAUCGUCGUCUCACCUCUCAUCGCAGCACCACCUGAUGCCUGCGGGUGUGGAGGUCAAGAAAGAGCCCGCUGCGUAUGUGCCCCAGACCGAGGCCAUCUCUCCCACUCUGCCUGGGGAGGACGGUCGGCCCCCACUGUCACCUCAGGGCAGGUCCUCCAAGGAUGAUCUGCUCAAUGCCAUCAACAGGCUAGACCGGGAGAUAGCACAGGUCGAGUCACAGACCAACAAGCUCAGGAAAAAGCAGCAAGAGCUAGAAGCCAACAACCCUGCAGACAGCAAAAAGGACGCGCAAGACACAGCACCCAUUGAACCCAAGCAGCUGAGUGUUGCACAGGUCGUCUACUCAGAAAAUAGGAAAAAAGCACAGCUUGCCCAUGCCGCUCUUGAUAAUCUAGGCCCGAAAGUGGAUUUGCCAAUGUACAAUCAACCUUCUGACACUGCCAUAUAUCACGAAAACAAGAAAAAAUUCCAAGAGUUUAGGAAAAGUUUGACAAUAUAUUUUAAAAGGAGAGCACAAGAACGAGAAGCAAGGGAAAAAUACUUAACAGAUACUUACAAUCAGCUAAUGCAGGCAUGGCUGAGAAAAAUGGAAAAGAGGGAAAACAACGCUGCACGAAAAGCCAAGGACCAGAAGCAGCGAGAGUUCUUUGAGAAGCAGUUCCCCGAGCUGAAGAAGCAGCGGGAGGACCGGGAGCGUUUCUCGCGGGCGGGCCAGCGGGUGCGCAGUGAAGCCGAACUGGAGGAGAUCAUGGACGGGCUCCAGGAGCAGGAGAACGAGGAUCGCAAGAUGCGGAGCUACGCAGUUGUGCCACCGAUCCUGGUGGACGUGCGGUCGCGGCGUCCACGCUACCUGAACCGCAAUAGCCUGGUGGAAGACCUGUCGGCCGAGUACAAGGAUCGCCAGAUGCAGAAUGUCUGGACCGACCAGGAGAAGGAGAUUUUCCGUGAGAAGUACCUCCAGCAUCCCAAGAACUUCGGCGUCAUCGCCUCCUACCUGGAGAGGAAGAGUGUAGCAGACUGUGUCCAGUAUUACUACCUGACCAAGAAGAGUGAGAACUACAAGCAGCUGCUGCGCAAGCACAACGUCAAGAAACGCACAAGAGCCAUGGUGAAGGCCCCCGUUCCACCUGCCUCUCAGCCCCAGCCGGUGACAAGCUCAUUGCCCGUGCGCAACCCCCUGCCCACGAGCAGUAGUGGCAGCACAAGCACCAUCACUGCCACCACCACCACCGCCACCGUUACCACGACCACCGCCACCAGUUCUACGACGGCAACAACCAGCACCGGUGCGGCGACCGCCACUGUUACGGCAACGUCGACUACCACUACUGCCACCGCAGCAACCACCACCAGCGCCUCCGCUGCCGCCGCCGCCACCACCACCACCACCACCACCACCACCACCACCACCACCACUGCACUCGCCACGGAAAGCAACGGCGGUGGCCGAAGCGAAGACAAGGCUGCGCCCUCGGCGGCGGCACCGUCGAGGGGCGGGUCUCCGUGCCAGGCAUCCACAGCCACGCCACCUCCAACGCAACCUCAGGCCAACGGCCCCAUUGGCGAGGAAGCCAGCAAGCCCCCGUGCAUUGUGGACACCAUUAAUGGCUUGAAGACUCCAAUGCUGGAGAAAGUUUCUGAAAGCAGUGCAGCUACUUCAGUGGAGGGCAAAGGAGGAGGAGAGACUGGACUGCCUUGCAUGGUGUGCCAGUGCCGCUUGGAGAAAAGUGGCCAGUGGCGGCCCCUAACCAAGGCCAACUGCCACAUGUACGGUCUCAAGGACACGGACCUGGUGCCGGAUGCACGCGUGUGCGUCAGCUGUCGGUUCAAGACCGUGCGCCAGCGUAUUGCCCAGUGCCCAAUAGCAACGUGCAAAAGUCCCAAGCGCAAGAUGAAGAGGUUACGGCCACUUCCUGCAAAGUGGACAGAGCUGGACAAGGACCUCAAGGAGUCUAUCAGCAAGGAACUACAGAUCCCAGCCGGAAUCCAGAAAUGCUGCUCGGCGUGCUUCAACAGGAUAGCGAGAAAGCUGGACCCUCAUCCUCCGUCGGAGGACGGCGGGGACAGCUCCCGGUGGACCGAGGAAGAGAUGGAGAUGGCCAAACGCGGACUUCGGGAGUACGGCACGGACUGGCCCGCCGUAGCGUCGGUCGUCCAGAGCAAGUCCAAGGAGCAGUGCCGGAACUUCUACUUCAACUACAAACGCAAGCUGGGACUCGACGAGAUUGUGCGGACGUUCCGCGAGGCUGGCGGCAGUAAAGAGGACGGCAAGCGGCAAGUGACGGACGACGAAGACACUGGUGAGACGACUACGAGCUGCGAGGAGGACAACGGUGCGGACCACUGUAGUAGCGACACGGCGAGUGCCUGCAGUCCAUCGGGCAAGCAGAUGGAGGAAGUUUCAGGCUGGGAGAACGAGCGGCCGAUACCCACGCGGCCGACGCUAGCCGUGUCGUCGGCGCCACACGCGGACGUGACUGGCAAGGCGCACGCGGAAAUGAACAACGGCCUCGAGGCGUCCGCCGACUACGACAGCAGUGCGACCGUCAGUGCCGACGAGGGCCAGGGGGCGCCCGAGGCAGAAGGGUCGUCGUCGCGGCACCACCGGGCCGGUCCGCCCGACGCCAAGGAGGCCGGCCACGAGGGUGCCACCUGCAUGCGGGACCUCAUCUUCCAGGCCAUCGAGAUGACCCUGCAGUACUCGAUGAAGCCCGGCCGCAACGGGCCGCCGACCAAGGAAGGCCCCUCGGAAGCCCCUCCGCCCUCCUCCUCCUCCACGGUCGCGCCGGAACCCGUGGCCCGGUCCUCGCCCUACCACCUGGCUGGCGCGCCCAACAGUCUGGUGCACGCCGAGGGCCUCGUGGCGCAGUUUCCUCACGUACCCCACGUGGCCGCUCCACCCCCCGUCGUCGCGGUGUCUCGGGACGACGAGUACGAGGUGCAGGACCUGAGCAAGAAGUCGUCGCGGGAGCCCAGUCCGCACCGGGAGCUCCGGCGGGAGAAGCUGCCGCCGGCGCCCUUCACCUACGCGUCGCAGCCGUACGUGCAAGUGGCCCAGCCGCCACCCGCGCACUCAAACCACCUGCGGAGGACGCCCGAGCCCCCGCCGCAGGUCAUGUUUGCGCCGCGUUCGUACGGGCCGCCUCCGCCCGAGCGGCCGCCGCACCUGGUGGCACAGUCGCUGGCGCCGCGCAGCCUCACCAAGUCGGGCAAGAGUGCCGUUCCCCCGCCGCCCCCGCUGGUGGCGGCCAGCAAGCCGUCGCUGUCGCCCAAGCCGAUGUUCAAGGACAGCAAGCCACCGUCCGGCUCCAUCACCCAGGGGACGCCGUUGAACCAGCCCGCCACAGGCAGCUUCCCGCCGUCCCGCUACGAGGGCCUGCUGCGGCUGACGCCGCCGCAGGGCAAGGAGCCCUCCUCGGCCGCCGGUUCCAUCACCCUGGGCACGCCCGUGCCUCACGACAGCGGCGCGCCCAAGAAGCAGAGGCCGUCUGAAGGGCCCGAGCCACGCGCCUACGACCCAGCCGAGCAGUACUACCGCGCCGCCGCCGCCGCUGCUGCUGCUGCCUCCCCGGGCGGAUUCCAGGGCCCGUUCCAGCCGCCGUCGUCGACUUCCGGCGGCUACUCGUCGUCACCUGGUUUCCGGCCCAAGUACUCGAGCGAAUCUCAGCUGAGCAGCAACCAGAUCAUGAUAGACUUCAACACCUCGAAGCAGAUGCAGAUGCGCCGCGGCUCGUCCGGCGACGCCAGGGCCUCGCCGCAGGCGCGAGACUCGAGCCCUGCGCCGGCGCUGCACCCAGUCUACCAGGUGCCUGCGUACUAUGGCGCACAGGGGGCGCCCCCGCCGCCGGUGUUCCUGCAGCACGCGCCCGCCGGUGCCGUGGAGCGGCCGCCACCGGCUGACACGUCGCCCGGCGGCUGGGCCAGCAAGCCCCUGGCGCUGCACCAGGGGGCGUCCGGCGGUACGCCACCUGCGACGGCAGCCACCUCCCGGCAGAACGUGAUCCGCAGCGUGCCGUGGAGCACAGCGCCCAAGAGCGUCAUCCAAGCGCCCAAAGCCGGCUCGCCGCGCGCCGAGCUCGAGAGCCCCGGCCGCCGGGUCCAGUCCCCGCGCGGCGGAGGCCAGCCGUACGCCGUCGUGUCGCCCUCGAGCCACGACCCGUUCACGACGCUGGUGAACGCCGCCGCCGCGCAGCCCAGUCUGGCCGUACCCAAGGAGGACCAGAAGCCCCGCGAGCGGCCCGCCGUCGAGGGCCUCGAGAAGUCGCUGCUCGAGAUGCACCAGCGGCCGCGGCAGUUCGGCGGCGGCGGCGACAUGCCACCGCCGCCGCCGGACUUUCGCGGAGAGGCCGAGCGGGCCGCCAUGCGCGCCGCGGCCGAAGAGCAGCGCUUCCUCGACUCUCGGCGGGGUGCCGAACCGCCGCCAGACCUCCGGCAGACGCUGCGCCUCGCGCGGGACGCCUUCACACGAGACCAAUUCGAGCGCGAGAUGCGCCAACAGGUGUCCAAGGACCACCAGGCCAAGCCGUUCCUGAGCCGAACGCAGCAGGCCGAGCUGGACAACGAGGCGUCGCGCAUCUUCUCGCAGUCCUUUCAGAAGGACAGCCCGAAGCCGCCGCCGCAGGGCAUCACGGCCGCGAACCUCAUCGACGCCAUCAUCACGCACCAGAUCAACCAGAGCACGGAACCAAAGCAGAACCCGGCGGGCGCCAUGGACACCAUCCUGUCGCGGUACGGCGAGCCCAAGGGCGCGUCGCUGCCGCCGCGGCUCAAGGCGCUGCCCACGCGCGACGAGGUAGUCACCAUCGAGGACGGGCCACCCGAGCGGGGGCCGCCGCGCAUGGAGCCUGAGAAGGUCAUCACGCUCAACCAGCACAUCGCGGCUAUCAUCUCCAAGAACAUCUGCAACCCGAACGAUGGCGGCCCGCUGUAUGGCCGCAUGCCUGUCGAAGUGUCGCACACGGAGCGCAUGUCGCACGGCGGUUACGCACCUGCGUCCGAACUCACGACGGCGCCUCCGCGGACGCCUCCGGAAGGAGGGGGCGCUGACAACGGCCACCCGCCGCCACAGACGUACCACAGCUGGAAGCUACGCAAGGCGCUGCAGUCCGAGAAGGAGGAGCGCAGUCUCAUCCGGAACCCGCAGCAGCAGCAGCAGCAGCAGCAGCAGGGCCCGUACGUGGAGCCCAUCUCUCCGCCCGGUCAGCCGGGGCCCCCCGAGUGGGCGACCGCCAUGCCGCCCCGUUCGUCGGCUGACAGCGUCUCCUACCUGCGGCCCUCUCACCAGCAGCAGCAGCAGCAGCAACACGUGGGCCUGUCCGCGCUCGACUACGUCAAAAACCGCAUUGUCGAGGUGAUGCGCACCACGGACGAGCCUCCGGCGCACGGCAAGGGCGGCCGCCACGAACAGCACCAGCAGCAGCCUCCCGAGCGGCCGCUCAGCGAAGGCGGCCACCCUGGCCACCCGAGUCCAUCGACGGGUCCGCCGCGGCCGGCGUCGGCCAUCGAAUCUGGCCACCCGGACUGGCGUGGCGGCAAGUUCCGUCCCCGGUCGGUGUCUCCCUCGGGCCCUCCUGGCCGACCCUCGCCGCACCACCACCACCAGCAGCAGCAGCAGCAGCACCACCACCUGCAACAGCAGCAGCAACAGCAGCAGCAGCAGCAUCACCACCACCACGACGACGGGCGGCGCGGCGAGCUCGAGCCCGUCUCGCCGCCCCGCGACGGCCGCUUCUACUCGGCGGCGGCACCGCACCCGCCGCCCCCGCAGCCGUUUCCGACGACAUACGCGUACCCGUUCUCCGCGCUCUCGGUGCGCUCCAUGGCCGUGGCGCCCAGCAACCCGGUGGGAAGUGGCGGCGGCGGUGGGCCCUCGUCGCUGGCGACGGCCCCGGUCGUGCCGACCUCUUCCUCUUCCUCCUCUUCGGCCGCCGUGCCGGCCUCUUCUUCCUCGGUGCUGCUCUCGUCCCAGUACGAACCUCUGUCAGACGAGGACUGACACGUCGUGAACACACACGCGAGUGUUGUGCCGCUUGCCUCCACACGGACCGCUCACUGCCUCAUCUUUCUCUCGGUUCUUCUCAGCUCAAGUUUGUUCCGUCACGACGAUUCCCCGCCGCCGCCCCCGGGGGGGAACUUGUGUGUACAAAGGGGGAGAGAAAAAAAAAAAGUUUGUAUACUGUUGUGGGCACACAUUGCACGCGAACGCGCGCCGUCACUUUUUGGGGGGGGCUUCUAGAGACGCGCGCGAAGGCCGUUUCGCCCUGUGGGACACCAACGACGUCGAGUGGUGUGUGUGUGUGUGUGUGUGUGUGUAUGGAGAGAAAGAACCUACCCGGGCACACGCGCACACACCCAUCUUCUCUGUCCCCUUUCUCGCGUGUGCGCGCGCGCCCUCAUGUACAUUUGUCUCUUCUGUUCAGUGUUUCUCAAUCCCGCGACCUUUUUUUUUUUCUUUUCAUUUUCCUUUGCGUGGGCGAGAAUUGUAAAUAGGUUUCGGAGAAUACAAGCCUCCUUGUGCGCGCGCUAAGGAUAUUUUAAGGAACGCGUUCAUUCGCAGAACAGUUGCCGUGUGCAAGUGUUGCACAUGCGAAGUGUAAUUGUCUUGUUACCUCUGUUUCAUAUUUUUUUUUUCUGAGAGAAAAAAAGUACCUUUAUCAUGCGA